AUGGUGGUCAUGGCCUUCAUGUUACAGAGUACACAACACGACGGUAAUGCGGGGAAACUAAGGACAUCUAAGUCCAAAAAUAGCGUAUUAGCUCUGCGUAUACUACAUUUGAAUGUGACGGCGUGGCACUUCCUUCCUCGGGAGAGAGGCUCCUUGGCUCUUCCUUUACAAGCGCCUCACGCUCCGCGUUCUCACGGGCAAGACGCUCAGCUUCCUCCUUUUCACGAGCUUCACGCUCCGCGUUCUCACGGGCAAGACGCUCAGCUUCCUCCUUUUCACGAGCUUCACGUUCAGCCUGCUCCUGGGCUAGACGUUCAGCUUCCUCCUUUUCGCGGGCCUCACGUUCAGCCUGCUCCUGGGCAAGACGUUCAGCUUCCUCCUUUUCGCGGGCCUCACGUUCAGCCUGCUCCUGGGCAAGACGACGAGCCUCCGCUGCCUCACGCUCCGCGUUCUCACGGGCAAGACGCUCAGCUUCCUCCUUUUCACGAGCUUCACGUUCAGCCUGCUCCUGGGCUAGACGUUCAGCUUCCUCCUUUUCGCGGGCCUCACGUUCAGCCUGCUCCUGGGCAAGACGUUCAGCUUCCUCCUUUUCGCGGGCCUCACGUUCAGCCUGCUCCUGGGCAAGACGACGAGCCUCCGCUGCCUCACGCUCCGCGUUCUCACGGGCAAGACGCUCAGCUUCCUCCUUUUCACGAGCUUCACGUUCAGCCUGCUCCUGGGCUAGACGUUCAGCUUCCUCCUUUUCGCGGGCCUCACGUUCAGCCUGCUCCUGGGCAAGACGUUCAGCUUCCUCCUUUUCGCGGGCCUCACGUUCAGCCUGCUCCUGGGCAAGACGACGAGCCUCCGCUGCCUCACGCUCCGCGUUCUCACGGGCAAGACGCUCAGCUUCCUCCUUUUCACGAGCUUCACGUUCAGCCUGCUCCUGGGCUAGACGUUCAGCUUCCUCCUUUUCGCGGGCCUCACGUUCAGCCUGCUCCUGGGCAAGACGUUCAGCUUCCUCCUUUUCACGAGCUUCACGUUCAGCCUGCUCCUGGGCUAGACGUUCAGCUUCCUCCUUUUCACGAGCUUCACGUUCAGCCUGCUCCUGGGCUAGACGUUCAGCUUCCUCCUUUUCGCGGGCCUCACGUUCAGCCUGCUCCUUGGCUAGACGUUCAGCUUCCUCCUUUUCGCGGGCCUCACGUUCAGCCUGCUCCUGGGCUAGACGUUCAGCCUCUUUCCUUUCACGCUCUUCACGCUCCGCUUUCUCACGUGCUAGACGUUCAGCCUCUUUCCUUUCACGCUCCUCACGCUCCGCUUUCUCACGGGCAAGACGCUCAGCCUCUUUCCUUUCACGCUCUUCACGUUCAGCCUUCUCCCUUGCCAAACGGCGAGCCUCAGCAGCCUCACGCUCCGCUUUCUCACGUGCUAGACGUUCAGCCUCUUUCCUUUCACGCUCCUCACGCUCCGCUUUCUCCCUUGCCAAACGGCGAGCCUCAGCAGCCUCACGCUCCGCUUUCUCACGUGCUAGACGUUCAGCUUCUUUCCUUUCACGCUCUUCACGCUCCGCUUUCUCCCUUGCCAAACGGCGAGCCUCAGCAGCCUCACGCUCCGCUUUCUCACGUGCUAGACCCUCUUUCCUUUCACGCUCCUCACGCUCCGCUUUCUCCCUUGCCAAACGGCGAGCCUCAGCAGCCUCACGCUCCGCUUUCUCACGUGCUAGACGUUCAGCUUCUUUCCUUUCACGCUCUUCACGCUCCGCUUUCUCCCUUGAAACGGCGAGCCUCAGCCUCACGCUUUUCUCACGUGCUAGACGUUCAGCCUCUUUCCUUUCACGCUCCUCACGCUCCGCUUUCUCACGGGCAAGACGCUCAGCCUCUUUCCUUUCACGCUCUUCACGUUCAGCCUUCUCCCUUGCCAAACGGCGAGCCUCAGCAGCCUCACGCUCCGCUUUCUCACGUGCUAGACGUUCAGCCUCUUUCCUUUCACGCUCCUCACGCUCCGCUUUCUCACGUGCUAGACGUUCAGCCUCUUUCCUUUCACGCUCCUCACGCUCCGCUUUCUCACGGGCAAGACGUUCAGCCUCUUUCCUUUCACGCUCCUCACGCUCCGCUUUCUCACGGGCAAGACGCUCAGCCUCUUUCCUUUCACGCUCUUCACGUUCAGCCUUCUCCCUUGCCAAACGGCGAGCCUCAGCAGCCUCACGCUCCGCUUUCUCACGUGCUAGACGUUCAGCUUCUUUCCUUUCACGCUCUUCACGCUCCGCUUUCUCCCUUGCCAAACGGCGAGCCUCAGCAGCCUCACGCUCCGCUUUCUCACGUGCUAGACGUUCAGCCUCUUUCCUUUCACGCUCCUCACGCUCCGCUUUCUCACGGGCAAGACGCUCAGCCUCUUUCCUUUCACGCUCUUCACGUUCAGCCUUCUCCCUUGCCAAACGGCGAGCCUCAGCAGCCUCACGCUCCGCUUUCUCACGUGCUAGACGUUCAGCCUCUUUCCUUUCACGCUCCUCACGCUCCGCUUUCUCACGGGCAAGACGCUCAGCCUCUUUCCUUUCACGCUCUUCACGCUCCGCUUUCUCACGGGCAAGACGCUCAGCCUCUUUCCUUUCACGCUCCUCACGCUCCGCUUUCUCACGAGCUAGACGCGCGGCCUCUUCCUGUUUUGCAAUAG